GCGAGCCGGCCGAGAGUCGAGCCUCCACUCCGCGCCGAGUGCUCGCCGCGAGUGCAAGCGCCGCGUGUGCCGUGCGACCUCGACGCCACACUUCCACACCGUCACAAAUCGCGUACACCGAAAUCACUUUCGCUCAACAUCGCAAUCUACAACUAUGAUAACACAGUGAAUAUUAUAUGUGAUCUGACGGCCUGGCUGCUAGCUGCCAGCUCUGCCACGGAUACUCUGCAAGGACAAUGCCUCAGUGGACGAACGCGGAGGGCGAGGGCUCUGAUGCAGAGUCUCCGGAUCAGUUCAUAUUGUACUAUGAGGAUGACAACGCCGACUAUGACGCCAAGCCUGAUGUGAACGACCAGAUGGAACAAGCCGGUGACUUCUCAGACAGCGGCAGCGGGAGCGACGAGCAGAUUCCCCGGCGCGGGAGCAGGCCGCGGCGCACGCCCGCCGGCUCGCCAUCGUCGGGCAGCAGCGCGGGCCCCGGCCGCCGGCGCCGCUGCGGGAUCUCCGCCCGGGAACGGAACCUACGCCGCCUCGAAAGCAACGAGCGGGAGAGGAUGCGGAUGCACUCACUUAACAGGGCUUUUGAGGACCUUCGGCGAGUUAUUCCACAUAUCAAGAAAGACAACAGGAGUCUAUCCAAAAUAGAAACGCUUACCUUAGCCAAAAAUUACGUGAAAGCCCUCACCAACGCUAUAUGUUCUAUGAGAGGCGACGUACCUCGGUACCACUUUAACUCAGACGACGAGAACGUAGAGCCAUCGUUUAUACUAAACAGAGGGCAAGAGCAAAACAACAACGUGCCAAAUGCGCAAGAGCAGGACUUCGCUAACGGCGCACAAGGAUUCUUCUAAACGCCUGACUGCCACCCCGCUGUACACCGGGCAUUAUGCACUCGACAUUUGGUUUUUAGCACCGUAGAAUAUUUUGCCUUAAGCCAUUAUAACAGUGGCGGUUCUAAGCUUGUGCGAGGAUCAUUAUUGUUUAUUAUUGUAUCGUGUAUAGCUUCUUGUGAUUUUGCCUGCAUCACUCUAUUUAAAAAAAAAGCUAUAAAAUUAGAAAGAAAAUGGCCUUAAAAUGUCUAAUGUAGAAACAAUAGGUGUCUAUAUUUUUUUUUUAGAAACGAUUUACUAUAUGUAGAUAUUAUAAAUUUAAAAAAUCUUUCUAUUUUUAAUGUCGUUUCUUAAAUAACGUAAGUACAUAAAAUAUUAAAAUUUUCGUCGACAACCUAUCUGAGUUUCGCUGCUUUUAUGAACCGCCACUGCGUCAAAGUAAUCGAAAAAUAAUGAUAAGAUAAAUUUUCAAUAAUAUAUUUCACGUUAAUUGAUGUCAGAUUAGUGUCCAUUAAAAUUGACAGUAGGUUACAAUAGUACCUAACACAAUUGAAAAAGGAAACGCAAUGCAAACAAAUAUCUAUGCAAUUGUCUCUAGCAUUAUUUUUUUGAUAAAUUGACAGGUGUCAAAUGCAUUUGAAAACAUUCUAUUUGUUUACGUUUUGUCUAUUCUUUCCCUAAAUAUGGUAUAGACAUGGUUUAAUGGCCGCAUAAUGUGCAGGGCUCUGCGGUAGAGGGCCAAGCGCCGGGGUACUGAGUAUGAACGUAGUUAUUUUCAUGUGGGGCAUAUGCCCUACUAACUAAAAAACAACCUCAAAUUAUUUGGGUGGCGAGGGCCAAUUUUUACUGUUUUAUUAUCGCUUCUGACCCAUGACCGCUUAAGCCCUGCAGGACUGCUAUGCCAAUGUUUAAGAGAUCAUACAGCCUAAUAUUUUUAGAGCCUUUUUUCGUAGAUUAUUUCAUUCCCAGAAUUUAUCUUCUAUUAUUGACCUUUUACUUAGAAACAUUUUAGGCAGUGUUUGUCUCUUUAAUUUUACGCUACAUGGUUGUUCUAUAGUAAUUUAGAGUCUAUCUGGGUAGAGAGCACUGUUAUAUUUUUGUGGUCAAACAGUUUGAAAGACACUGUACCCAAUAUAUUAGAAACUUUGAGAUUUAUUUUCUGUCUUAGGGUGAAAAGCGCAGUGCACUACUCGGUAGUACUAUAAAUUAUUCCUAAGAGGUAUUACUACUGUUUAUGAUGCACCAACCAUCAGGCAAUCGACCUCAUUUCAGAUGUUAAAAGAAAGUGACAUAAAAGUCUGAUAAAAUGUUUUAUGUAAUAGGAAUAAUGUAUUAGAAAUGUGUAUAGUCAAAGUCCAAAGUUCAACUGUAAUACGAAUUUAAUUGGUAAUGUUAAUGUAGCUAACAUUACUAUGAAAAAUACAAAAAAAUAAAUGUAUUUAGAGUAGAAUAUUAUUGAAAGUGACAAAUAUUUUUGCUUUAUGGGCACGAUAAAGAUAAUUUAACCCAAACAAAAACAUUCAUUCAGCCAAAGGCUAGGGCGUCGUCAGUUAAUAGCCAUGGAGGUUCAAAUUGCGGAAAUAUCUCUUCCCUUUUUUUUGAAGAUACAUAAUAUUGAAUCACACGUUUAGUUAAAAUAAAACUCCCGACUUGUAAAAUAAAAUACCUAUUUAAUAUAGUGUCCGAUAUUUAGGCUAGAUACGUAUUUUGCCUCCUUCGACGCCCAUUGCCAAAGUGAAAUUAUUUUACAUUAUUUAUGUCCAACAAGGAUGCAUUAAUUAAAAGGGGAAAUUGUCAGAUCUCAUUAUGUUGACUACUAGAACUAUUGUACAUUCUCAUGGUGCCAAACCCGUCAGAAUAUCAAAAACAAAAAUGUAUCCUGUAGGAAACAAUUAGGAUAAUGGCUACAGGUGUCCAGUCAAUUUCACCAUUUGUAAAAAGUUUAUAUGUCUAGUAUAGAUUAUGUUGUUUCUUUGUUGUGAUUUUUUUCGCUUCAUCCGAUCCGAACGAGAAACAAAAUGAACAAUUAA